UUUAGCUAUGGUGCAGCAGUACGAAGAGAGCAACGAAAAGAGGAGACCCAAGUUCUUCAUCAACGACCACCAAGACAUAGUCGUCGAAAUCCUCAAACGCCUCGACGGCCGUUCCCUCGGCGUCGCCGCCUGCGUCUGCAGCCUCUGGCGCAGCGUCGCUCGCAACGACUCCCUCUGGGAACACCUCUGCUUCCGCCACGUUUCUCCUCCACCUUCAGGCCUGCGCUCUGUCGUCGCCGCUCUGGGUGGCUACAAACGCCUCUACAUGGCUUGCGUGAGGCCAGUGCUGAGCCGACUCGGACGAGUCAGGGAGGCUUCUUCUUGGACUCGCGACGAGUUCCAGCUCUCCUUGUCUUUGUUCUGCGUGGACUGCUACGAGAGACUCGGCGGCGGCGUUGACGGAAUUAAUAGUAACGGAGGCAAGGUGGCGGUGGAAUCCUCACCGUCGUCUCUGAUGUUCCUUUGCAAGCCCCUCAACGUUUGA